AUGUAUAAGUUGUACCUUGUUCUCUUCAUUAUCUGCUUAUGGUAUCCAAAAGUCAUCGAUGGCAAACGUCGAGCAACAUCUCAAUCACAACAUAACUUAGGCGAUUUUUGUAUGCCGGGAACAUGCGCAAGUUUGAAUUCGAAUUGUAAGCGCAUUGGUGGAAAUGCUUUCCGAUGUGUGUGUAAGGAGCAGUAUAUGGCAAUAAAUAAAACACAUUGUGUGAGAGUUAUCAAUGCAUCUGUUGAUGAAGCCUGUGCAUCUUGCAUCAAACGAAAUGGAAUUUGUUUGGAUGAGAAUGCUGAUGAUCGAAUGGAACAAUGCUUUUGUCCAACAGAUAAUGAUUUAUGUAAUGAACGGCCAUCGACAACGACAACAACAUAUUUCGUCCCAAUGACGCAACCUUUAAGAAAGAAUAUUGCAGCACUGACACCAUCUGCAACGGGACGCGUUUCCAAACAAGGUGAUCUUCUGCUUGGUCUGUACGAUAUUAAUCAACAGCGAUUAGUUGACAAUGGUGGUUCGGUGUCUAUCGGCGAUCGAUUAUUUAUUGAAAUCAAAUAUCGCAUCGCCGAUCAAAACCGUGCCGAUCAUCAGAUCAUCGCAGAGAAUUGUUCGAUUGCUUCGAGUGUUUCCGACAAUGAAGUGAAAUUAGAGAAAGUUCAACUAUUAACCAAUCGCUGUCCAUCGUUAGAUUCACGUUUGUCCAUACGCUUUCAACGCAUCGAUCCCUAUCAUAUCAAGAGUACUAUCUUUCAAAUCAAUAAGUUUCAAACAACAUCGGUUGUUUAUCUACAUUGUUCGGUGGCGAUUUGUUUCGGACAAAUCGAAAAAUGUCUCGAACGUCUAUGUCCAGAAUCCCGACGGUCGUCUUCACAAAAAUUUCAGAAUUCAUCAUCGAUCAAUUCCGCGCCCUUCGACUAUGUCGAUGAAGAUAGUGCUAGUGUUGUCGCUUUGAAACGACGGCAAGUUCGUCGAAACAUGAACAGUAACGACGACCAGCAAAACAAACUCUCGCGAUUAAUCACCGACCUAACAAAAUCGUACGAUUCAAAUUAUGAUCAUUUCGAAAUUCGACAGUUACAACAGCAAUUCUCCAUUGAAGCACCGCUGCCUCAGACAGCAAAUAAGCAUAAAACACCUUAUGAAACCUUGUACGGUCGAACAUCAUUAGCAAGUCAAGGUGCUGUGGAACGGUCGACAGUGAUUGCGGCUAUAUCGAUCAUAUUUAUCAUAGGAAUCUCCAUUUCGUUAUUUAUUAUCUACCGCACAUGUUACGUUGAAUAUGUCCAAAAAAUCUAUGGUUCAGCAUCAUUCGGUGGAUUUGUCAACGGUCCGGAGUCGAUCUAUGGCGGAUUGAGAAGCACCUCACAAGUGUGUCGCUAUGACAUGGGACGUCGAUCUGGACAACGGUUUGAUGAGAGUUUCUUUGUUAGUAAUGUUGAACCGUUGGGAGCUUAUCGAAGACAAUAUUAA